UCCAUUUCGCUAUUUAACCCCAUUCACACACACUCUCUCUCAAUUCCAGCUCCGACGCAGACACCGUAGAAAGCACACACUUCGCCGCGAUUUUUCUUGCAAAGCAAUGGCGAUGACCGGAGGCAUUUCCGAAGUCAAGGGAUUCCAAAACAGCAUCGAAUUUGAUGAUCUCGCUCGCUUCGCCAUCUCUGAACAUAAUAAGAAAGCGAACGCCAAUUUGGAGUUUGGGAAGGUUGUGAAUGUGAAACGGCAGGUGGUUUCUGGGACAAUGCAUUAUAUUACGCUUGAGGCAGCCGAUGGGGGUCAGAAAAAGGUGUAUGAAGCUAAGGUGUGGGAUAAGCCAUGGGAGAACUUCAAGGAAGUGCAAGAGUUCAAUCUUGUUGGUAAUGCCUAAACCAAUGCCACUGCUAAUCAAGUUCUCUGUAGUAGUACUUGCAGAAAAUAAAGUCUGAUCUACUGUUAUACUCUCAACAAAUCCUAAAGCGUGUAUGUAUGUGCUAUGAUUAUUAAUGAAUGUUGUGUGUUUAUCAAGUA